AUUCUUUGGUUUAUACUCUUCAUACAGCGCGCGGAAGGUGUCAGCAACAUCGGUCCUGGUGAAAUGGCGUCUGUGUCUGUAAACAGUUAUAGUGAGAGUGAAAAACUAUUGCUUGCUGCUCAGACGGGCUCCAUUCAACGUGUUAAAGCAGCGUUAAAAGCUGGAGCUGACAUUGAGUUCGAGCUGCACAAGAGUGAGACCAUAGGGACUGGCACAGCGUUGUACAUCGCCCUCCGCGAUGGGCAUUUAGACAUCAUGAGGCUGCUGCUCCGCAAGGGGGCGUCUUUUAUGAAGAGACUGCCGGGUGGAUAUACUCUCCUUCAUCUAGCAGCACACAAAGGGAAGACAGAAGCGGCAGAACUGUUGGUGCAACAUGGAGCAACUUUGGACGUACUGGACAGCUGCCAGAACACUCCACUCAUGGCUGCCGCUUACAGUAACAAUAUCGACACAGUUCGGCGACUGAUUGAGCUCGGAGCAAGACCUGAUUUGACAGAUGGGGGUAUGGCUCAGAGGCUUGGGAUAGAUGGUAGCACCAAGAAACACGUCUAUACCCGUCCCAUGAGUACUUGUAUAAGGCUCAUACACGAGGCGAGGCGGUCCAAGCUGUUGAGAUGCUGCAACCCCAAGUGUGGCAAACCAGGCUACAGAAAAAAACUAAAGCUGUGUGCCGGGUGCAAGCUGACCCGCUACUGCAGCCGUGACUGUCAGAAACAACACUGGUCUGUCGGACACAAGAAGUGCUGUGGGCAUGACGCGUGCCCUGCCGUUGGACUAGAGGCUAUAUCAUUGCCAUGCCCAUGACGCCAAAUUACUUCAGAGACAAAUUUCUAGAACUUUUUGAAUGAUGACUUUAACGACCGCCUGAAAUGACUCAUCAUUCCAUAUGAAAUACAUUGUUGAGCAGAAGAUGUCGCUGCAGUUAUAUCUUGAGGUAAAGCCUGGGGCACAACCCGCCGUACGUGCAAUUCGUCCGUACUUUUUUUGUCAGGCCACGUCCGCCACGUAUUCCUGAAAACGUUCAGGCUAUAG